AUGGGGGUUGAAGGAUAUUCAAGGAAAUACUCAGAAACAUCAGCGAACAUAGCAACUCUCUUUAAUAAUUAUUUUACAUCCAUCUUCACCAAUGAUCCAGAUACUUCUAUAGACCCGUCCACGAUCGAUGAUAACAUUUCCUUGUUGGAGGAUGUUGUUUUAACACCAAACGACGUAGCUAAUGUACUAAGAACUCUUGAUAACGACAAAGCUCAUGGAAUUCCAGACGAGAUUCCUGCUCGUUUACUAACAGAAACUGCAUCUCAAAUAGCUCCAUCUCUAUGUCAAUUGUUUAACAAAUCGUUGCGUAUCGGCGUGGUACCAUUUGAUUGA